CCUGCAUCACCCGUGCAAAGCCGCUUUUUGAGAUGUUUGUGGCAAUGAUUUGAUCGUCUUCGUGUACGCCUGACUUCAUCCGUGACCGGGAUCACCUAUUUUGCAAGCCAGAGAUUGAUUGGGAAUCUUGUCUUCCCUUGCUCCAGUACAGUAUCUGUUUUCAGUUGUGGAUGUGUGGUGUGGCGGUUUGGUUACAACAGCUGUGGACAAUGUAAUUCAAAGUUGAAUAAAAAAAUACUAAAAUUUAUGCCACGCGGCAGGCUCGAGGACGACUGUUGUUGUUAGUUUGCUGCUGUGAUCCCUGGCUCGUGGUACUGCAGUGAGUUUGCUGUGACUGGCUCUGUGCUGACUGCAAUUGUCUGAAGUGCUAGUUUUGGAGUAGCAGCUGAAAGAAAGUACCUGUAGCCAUGGCCGUCGUGGGUUUGACGUGCGGCGAGAUCUGUCGUGUGUUUUGUUGCCCGCCAUGUCCGUCCGCCAUCGCCGCCAAACUGGCCUUCAUUCCGCCCGAGCCGACCACCUACACCAUCUCCAGAGACGAAGAUGACAAAGAGAAUUUGCACUUGACGGAGAGAGCGGAAUUUCUCUUUACCAACCGCGAGCUGAGCACGAUCGAGGCGAUGAAGGUUCGAACGAGUCGACGUAACAUGAUUGCCUGUAUGUAUGUGAAGCUGACGGACACGCCGAAGUACACGCUGCUAUUCUCGCACGGCAAUGCUGUGGACCUGGGUCAGAUGUCGAGCUAUUACGUAGGCCUGGGUACGAGGCUAGGUUGCAACGUAUUUGGAUAUGAUUACUCCGGUUAUGGCGACAGCACGGGAAGUCCCAGUGAGGCGAACAUCUACGCGGACGCCGAAGCUGCUUGGAACACUAUGGUGGAUCGACUGGGCAUUGAUCCCAGUAAGAUCAUUAUCUACGGACAGAGUAUAGGGUCGGUGGCGUCGGUUGACCUGGCAACUCGGCAUGCAUGUGCUGGUGUGGUACUGCACUCCCCACUGCUCAGCGGCAUGCGUGUGGCCUUUCCCGACGUGCAGCGCUCGUAUUUCUUCGACCCGUUUCCAAGCAUCAGAAAGAUCACGCACGUCCAAUCCGUGGUGCUGGUCAUACACGGCACGGAGGACGAGGUGAUCGACUUCUCUCACGGCCUGGCGCUGUUUGAACGCGCACCGCUCACCGUUGAUCCACUCUGGGUGGAGGGCGCCGGUCACAACGACAUCGAGAGGUUCUCGUCCUACCUGCUACGCCUGCUCAAGUUUGUCAACAAGGAGCUGCCGUCGCGCGAGGCGGCGCAAGCUGAGAAAGCUGCGACGGAAGCGGCGACGGCAGCAGCAGUGGCAGCCGUGUCCAACGGUGUCGGUACAAACCGUAGCGCCGUGGGAGCUGAUGGUGUUAUGGCGCUGGCACGAAUGGACGAUGAUGAUGAUGAUGAUAAUGACAAUGGCGACACCGCCACAGGGUCGUCGGAGGGUCGCGACGAAAUCGCCGCCAUUAGCACCACAACAACAACGGCUGCUGUUACUGACACGGCCGCUGGAGACGGGUCGUCCACGCACGAUGAUGUCAAUUGUGAACUCACGUCGUCGUCGACGGAUAGACUGAUGGCGGACGUGAGCACACCGGAGGUUGCCAAGCGUUCAACAGCAGGCUCACCGCAGCGGACACUCUCAUCCUCCGACAACAAGCCUGACGGCAACAACACGUUAGAUGUGUCCACGUCCACAGGCACCGUCACCAGCGCCGUCACCAUCGCCAAGGUUCUCUCCGCGUCCGAACAGUCAUUACCGCUGUCUACAGACUGUGCAGAUCGGGCACCCAGCGCCAGCCCGGAGCCACCCAGUGUCACUGCUGCUUUGGAUGUUGCCAUGGGAGCAACACCGGCGGUGGAUGACGUCAUCAUCACCACAGCAACCAAAGUCGAGCCUGUGGAUGGCAGGAAUCUAGUGUACGUGUAGUGGCAUGAGGAUUCGCGCUGCAGCAGCAACAACAGCAGCAGCUGUAUGCAGAACCCAAGCAUGCUCACCCUGCGCCAUACACUUCGAGCGAGCAGAGCGUGUAGUACUGUGAUUUCUGCCAGCAGCGGCAACGGCUAUAUGCAGCACUCAAGCAUGCUCAGUAUGCGUUAUAGACUUGAAGUGAGCAGUGUUCGCCCCUCGGCCGGUUUGUGAGUCGAUGAACGUGCACACUGGUAUUCCAUUCGUGGAUCUGCUGUACCUCAGCCACAGGUAACCAUGCCGUGUGAUAGCUUGGAUGUCUGCAUAUGCACACUCGCGCAUGCGCACACACACACACACACACACACACACACACACAAACCCACACGCCCAUGCAAGGUUACGGCAUGCCCGAUAUCUGGCACAGUGCAUACUUCCGUGUGUAUAUUAUUACCAUGCAAGUCCAAGAAGUGUCCCAUAUCACCGUGCUUAGCAACACAUGGCCACCAUCAUGUUUUCCUCCGGCCUAUAAAACUGUUUUCGAACGUCACAAACAAGAGAGGUCUAACAACAUCGCGGGGGCCAGCCGCUCCCGAGUACUCUCUCUCUCUCUCACACACGUCUUCACUAGUUCUGUAGUCGUCCCUGCAUGCCAUGCCCGCCAAUAGCAUGAGUAUAUAAUGAGAUCAUUGUACGCAUGUGAACGUAGCUACUGAAACCUGCCUCUAGGUGUCCGCCAUUGCCAAUUAGAAAUUAUUUAACUCCUGAUUUUUUUCCGGUUAUCAAACUUUUCCUGCAAUGAACCUUGCAUACCCCCCCGCAUGUCCCUCAGAUCUAGCUGUUCCACCCAUCCGUCUCGAUUACGUUUGUAUGAGGCCACUUCAUGUAAUAUAUAUAUAUUAAAAUAUAUUCGUAGUCGCCACUGCCAAUAUACACCAGUGCUUCUUUUUUUAAUCAUUUGAGUUGUUCUGUAGGUUUUUGAGGCCUUUAGAUGCUUUUCUUUUUGUUCGCUGCAGUGCCUGUACCGUAUCACCCCUACGUGUGUUUAUUCCAGUGUGUACCUAACCCCGACGGUUUCGCUUGCCAGAACUCUGCCGUCGAUUUCUAUGUGUCCAGCGUCUUUCGGUGGUUUCUGAUCACCUCAUGUGUGUUUUUAUCCGUAAGCUCAGCCAGGAGUCUACCUCGGCUAGCCAUCUGGCUUUUCGUUCUUUUUCUGCUUUUUUUUUACUAUUUCCAACUAUUCCCUCCUGUGUGGUCUACUCGCUUUCGUAUGUUUUUUCUCUCUCAUUUUCUAGCUUUGUUAGUGCUGUUCUGUUUCAUAACCCGCUUUGCUUUGUCUGUGUCGAUGUCCACUUUGCUACCUCUCCUGGCCACUCUAGCUGCAAGCUCGUGCAUGCCAUUCUGGUGUGCUUACUCUAUUUACAAACAUGUCAAUGUCAGUGAUGGUUUCUACUCCUCUCUC